GUUCCAUUUGCGUCUUUCCAUUUCAAGAACACUCUUGCAGCUGUCUCUCUCUCUCUCUCUUUCUCUCUCUCCACCACUGAAAUUCUCUCCUCGCAACUCAUUGUUAACCUCUUUCUAUCUUCUAGAUUCUCAGAAAAGAGUUCAAAAUGGCCCCUACACCUUCUUCUUCUUCUAAAUUAAACCAAACCCGCUCGAUCAAGACUCCACAAUCUAAACAUCGUCUCAAUUUUACUUCAGCAAGAACCCCAAAUCCACAUCCAUCUCCAAACCCAAACUCAACGCUCAAAGAAACCCCUCAAGGAGACCAUCCCAUUGAAGUUAUUGGUCGGAUUCGUGACUAUCCUGACAGAAAAGAAAAGUUCAAUUCAAUCUUGCCAGCAAAUCCUGAUACUCUUCGUGUCCGCGCUGAUAUUGGGUAUAGAGAUUUUACUCUUGACGGGAUUUCUUUCUCCGAGGAAGAAGAUCUCGAUGCCUUCUACAAGAAGUUUGUGGAAUCAAGGAUUAAUGGGGUCAAACUGGGAAACAAAUGCACCAUAAUGACGUAUGGCCCAACAGGGUCGGGCAAGAGCCACACCAUGUUCGGGUGCUCAAAGCAGCCUGGGAUUGUGUAUAGGUCAUUAAAGCAUAUACUGGGAGAAGGAGAAGAAGCGAGUGAAGGGUGUGAUGGGGAGAGAUUGGGGAUGGGCACAUUUGUGCAAGUUACAGUUUUGGAGAUAUACAAUGAGGAAAUUUACGAUCUUUUGUCAAGCAAUGGUGGAAGCGGAUUUGGAUUUGGGUGGCCCAAAGGUGGAAAUGGAUCCAAGGUAAAACUUGAAGUAAUGGGCAAAAAGGCAAAAAAUGCUACAUAUAUAUCUGGGACUGAAGCUGGAAAAAUUUCGAAGGAGAUUCAGAAAGUGGAGAAGCGAAGGAUUGUCAAGAGUACCCUCUGCAAUGAUCAAAGUUCUAGGAGUCAUUGCAUGAUAAUACUGGACGUCCCAACUGUAGGAGGAAGGCUUAUGCUUGUUGAUAUGGCAGGCUCAGAAAACAUAGAACAAGCAGGGCAAAACACUCUUGAAGCAAAGAUGCAGACUGCAAAAAUCAAUCAAGGAAAUAACGCAUUGAAGAGAGUGGUUGAAUCCAUUGCAAAUGGAGAUUCUCAUGUACCCUUUAGAGAUAGCAAGUUAACUAUGCUGCUCCAGGAUUCCUUUGAGGAUGAUAAGUCCAAAAUUUUGAUGAUAUUAUGUGCAAGUCCAGACCCUAAGGAGAUACAUAAGACGAUCUGCACUCUUGAAUAUGGAGCAAAAGCAAAGUGUAUUAUUCGUGGCCCUCAUACACCGAUUAAGGAUAAAGUUGGUACUGAUGAUUCUUCUGGUGUCAUCUUAGGAUCCAAGAUAGCAGCCAUGGACCAAUUUAUCUAUAAGCUACAAAUGGAGAACAAGCAAAGAGAGAAAGAAAGAAAUGAGGCUCACAAACAGCUUAAAAAGAAAGAAGAAGAAGUUGCUGCAUUGAGAGCACUUAUUGAGGGGAAGGGAUCUGCAGCAAGUGAAGAAGAGAUCAACUUGAAGGUGAAUGAACGCACAAAGUUGUUGAAACUUGAGUUGGAAAAGAAGUUGGAAGAGUGUCAGAGAAUGGCUGAAGAGUGUGUUGAAUUGGAGAGGAGAAGAAUGGAAGAAAGGAUACUGCAACAGCAACAGGAAAUCGAAAUGCUGAGAAGACGUUUGGAAGAAAUUGAAUCUGAGCUAUGCCAUCCAAGGGAAGAAAGCAGCAGCUUUGCCAGAAGGCUGUUGAGAGUUUUUGCUGAUGAGGAUCCAGGGAUGGUGAAAUCAAUGGAUUUGGACAUGGGUGAUCAAGAAGCAUUUGCUCCUGAUGUGAAAUGUGUAGACAUGGCUGUUCAAACUAGCAUCCAACGUGUUGAUCAAGAUGCUUUUGUGCCACAUUAUGGUGGCAAGAUAUGUCUGAGCACUGUAUUUGAGGAAGAAGAGAUAGAAGAAGAGGAAGACAAAGAGAAAGUGGAAGACGAGGAAGUGGAGAAAGGAGUGAUAGAGGUGAAGAGGAUUGUUGACAGGUCUGGCUCUGGAAUGGAUUUUGAUGCAGGCUCUUCUCCUCAGAAAUUUGAGGCCUCUAAUGGAUCAGAGAGGUGUGUAAAUUCAGGACAUCAAAACGAAUUUGUGAAUGUUGAUUCAGCCUCUUCAAGACGAUUAAGAAUCCAAAAUAUAUUUACACUUUGUGGAAACCACAGAGAGCUGUCACAACAGAUCGGAACUCCAGCACCUGCAAAGGAGUUGUUUGAAGAAAGUAAAGAAAACUACAAUCCCUCAAAAGAAAACAAUGAUGCACAGAUUGAUGUGCACGUGAAAUGGCAGGCAACCAAAGGAAAUAAUGGCAAGUUCAUCACAAUGUUCAAGGUUGUAAGGGAUGCAACACUUGCUGAUCUGCGAAAGCUGAUCGAAAUCCAUCUUGGUGCUGAUAAUCAAGCAUUUUCAUUUCUUGUUCUUGGAGAUCCCACUGGAGCACCUGUUCCGAAAGAGAAGGAAUCAGCAUUUGAGGCCAUAAAACUCCCCAUUUGCAACAACAAGUCACAGGGUUACCUUGCUUGCUUGCAGCCAUUGAAUCAUCUCCCUUUAAGCCCUCAUCCAGUGACUCCCCUGGAAAACAAACUCCCACUGAGUCCCCUGGAAAACAAACUCCCACUCACAUGUGAUGGGCUAUCACCUAAACUAGCUCAGCACCUUAGUUCUACACCCUUCAUUACUCUACGAAAAUAUUGAUGUAUUUGUUUAGCUGUGAGUAUAUAUACGUAUGUACUCUUUUUGUUUGUGCUUAAAUUGUUGAUAUGUGAAAUUACUGUAACACAACUCUCUGCAACGUAGCACUAGCAAGUAUGUUUUGCUUACUAGACAUUGAGUGAUGAGCCCUUCUUUCUUUA